UGUGUUUGUCCACGAAUUUGUCCACUCUACUUCAUGCCAGUUUGUGGCGACGAUGGCCGAGAGUAUGGGAAUAUUUGUCUAUUGAAUAUAGCGGCUUGUGAAAGUAAGAAAACAAUCAAAACUGGUACAUGCAAAAAAGAUCCAUGUGCGUCAGUGACAUGCAAGAAAGGUUUUCAAUGUAUCGCUAGAGAAGAACAGACAUAUUGUCGACCAGUACUUUGCUCGCUUCCUCCUUCUACCGGAAAAUGCAAAGGAUAUUUCAAAAGAUAUUUCUACAAUUCAGUUUCUAAUAAAUGCGAGAAGUUCAUUUAUGGUGGCUGUGGUGGAAACAGAAAUAACUUUCGCUCUAGAUAUGUGUGUAAAAUUUGGUGUGAAGCUAAUUGAUAAAACAUCGCUUGUUUUUACGUAACAGAAUCAUGGCCAGUGGAUAAGCCUUUCGUCGACCGUGUGAAGAUAUGAACUAUAGACUGAAGUCCUUUAAAUAGUUACACUAAAAUUGUAUAGAAUAGCACUAUUCAAUACAUAAAUUUCACGAA